CUGGCCGAUUAUCGUGCUUGCCUUCCGAUUUUCCUCGACUGACCGAAUCCCUCACGAACAAUGGCGACGACGCAGCACUACGUGUGGGCCAGCGGCCACUUCGUCCUCCUCCUGGCUGCCGCGAUAUACAUGCCCGCGGGCAUCCUGUUCAGCAACUCAAAAAACAAGUUCUAUAGUCUCGCACUGCUUGGAGCGCUGACGAGCUAUGCUAUCGUUUGCUAUAAAUCGCUCGGCGCCCCGCAGCCAAACAUCAACUACAUCCGGCGCGCGCUGAUGGACGAGAAUGUUCAAUACUUCAUCCUCGCCUUCCACUGGUGGUCCGCGAAGCCCGUCACUUUGGCCCUUGUGCCGUACAUCAUCUUCUCGACGUUCCAUGCGCUUACCUUCACUCGCACGACCAUCUUGCCUCGUGUCCUGCCGCCUGGCCCACCUGCUACCGCUGGGGGCCCGCCCACGCCCCAUCCCCUCGCUAAGUCCCUUCAGGCAUGGGUGAAGGCCAACUAUGACAAGGCCAUGCGCAUCGUGGCGCUGACCGAGAUCGCGAUCAUGGCGCGCCUGGUUAUUGGCGCAGUCCUCCGCGCGAACUCGCUCAUGUCGAUCAUCCUCUACGCCGUGUUCCUGCGCUCGCGCUACUACCAGUCUGCGUUCACGCGGGAGGCUUUCUCGAUCGCGAACCGCAAGCUGGACGAGUUCGCGACGCGCGACGGUGUGCCGCCGGUCGCAAAGACCGUGCUCGACCAGGCGCGCUUCUACAUCGCAAAGUACGCUGGUGGCCCGGUUGCUGCUCAGGCCGUUCCGCCGCAGGGUGCGGCGCGUCGCUGAGGGAGGGGAGAGGAUACGAGAAGAACAAGGACAGGCGGCGAUUGGGAAGACCGUUUCUAAGUAUUUGUUGCUCUGAGUAGAUACUGUUGCUUACCAGCUCAUUGGACUUUCCCUCAGCCUGCGUCCAUUCAAUUCAAAGUUCAAACAGACCGUUUUGGGCAUGUACACUGAUGACGGCGGCGCGUCAGGCGUCCUCGCUGUCUUAGAUGACACGGAGUAUGACGCGCUGUCGGUGGUGGAGCGCCUCAGCAUUCUUGGGCUUAUAUACCCCGCGAGCAGGUAUA